GAGAAGCCAGGCCACUGGGCUCCAGAUCCGUUCACACAGCAGGACGUGGGCGAGCGCUUGGCCUUGGGCAGCACAGAGGCCCUGGCCAACGGCAACAAGGCUGACCUGCAGGCCGCGAAGCGCCUGGCCAAACGGCUCUUCAACCUGGAUGGCUUCAGGAAGUCUGACGUGGCCAGGCACCUUAGCAAGAAGUGAGUAUACUGGAGCAGUACCACCUGGUCCCAAUUUGAUCCAUACCCUUCCCCUUGGUCCUUACCCUUCAAUGUUUGCAGAUCUAUAAGGUGGAAGUGGAAUCUUUACUAUUAUAUUGCUUAUAACUAUUCAGACCCCUCACAUAUGCUAACAUUGAGGGGUUAGGGCCAAGAUAAGGAUAGGAAAUGAUUUGGGACUGGCUGUACAUAGGCCAGGUACCUGGUCACUUCUCUCUGCCUUUGUCUUUUGUUUACCUUUCAUGCAUAGUAAGUAUGUUGUGUGUGUCUUUCUGCAGUAAUGAAUUCAGUCGGAUGGUGGCAGAAGAAUACCUCAGUUACUUCAACUUUUCAGGCCUUACUAUUGACCAAGCACUACGGUAAGAUAUCUUUCAGUGGAAAUGGUAAAAAAUGUAGCACAAUGACCUAGUAAUUUUUUCCCCCAAUGAAUGGUGAACACUCACAAUGCUGUAUGGCAUCCACAGAGCCUUCCUGAGGGAGUUUGCCCUCAUGGGAGAGACACAAGAGAGAGAGCGAGUGCUGGCCCACUUCUCUAGGCGAUAUCUACAAUGCAACCCCAAUGCGAUGCCUUCUGAAGGUAAGACAGGGUGAAGAGUGUGUGUGGUCCCGUGUAGCUCAGUUGGUAGAGCAUGGCGUUUGCAACGCCAGGGUUGUGGGUUCGUUUCCCACGGGGGGCCAGUAUGAAAAAUGUAUGCACUCACUAACUGUAAGUCGCUCUGGAGAAGAGCGUCUGCUAAAUGACUAAAAUGUAAAUGUCUGUGUUCCAAGGUGUCAAAAGUAGCCACUGUGGGGCACUCUUGCACUGAUACUGCACUAGAACUCACUGAAACGUCUCUCUUUCUCCCUGCUCCAGACAGUGUCCACACUCUGACCUGUGCCCUGAUGCUGCUCAACACAGACCUGCAUGGCCACGUGAGUACCUGUGGGGGAGCCAGGGGCUAAAGAGCUGUGGAGGGCUCAUGUUGAAAUGUGGGUAAAGAGCUUAAAGUUCUCUGGUCAAAAAGAAAGACCAUUGGCCUGAGCAGGAAAAACUCUGGGCCCUGGUUACAGCUUAAGACGAUGUGAUAUAUACCCUAUAACAUAUAACUACAGCAGUAGUUUUUCCUUGAGGGCUCCUUAAGGAGACAGUGCAAGUGAAGGUGCCCCUUUCUCCCUCCUCAGAAUAUCGGUAAGAAAAUGUCCAUCCUGCAGUUCAUCGGCAACCUGGAAGGGCUAAACGACGGAAAGGAUUUUCCCAAAGAACUGCUC